AAAUCAAGAAGGGUUAGCGGGUUACAGUUGAUUCCUCCUUAAGCAGCUUAGCAUUAGCAUAUGGCUAAACAACAUGUUAACAAAUCAAACUGGGUCUUCGAACAUUUAAUCUAUCCUUAAACAAUGAAGGUCUCGAUAUCCGAACCAUUUAACCUAUCGUUAAACUUCUGUUCAUAGUUUCAUGCCUGAGAUUCGAUUGCACUCAUACCCUUAUGCAGUUAUUUACAGAAAUCUAUGAUACGAUAUCGAUGUUACAGAAAUCUAUUCUCUCCAAACAUCCCUUUUCCUCUGUUGAUAUCUUCUUUCCGUCUCUCUAUCAAUCCCCAAAUCCUCUUUUAUCCUUUCAACCCAUUCUCAUCAACCUCCACCACCACAACAAUCAAAUGGAAUUCGAUCACCAAUGUGAUCAUCACUCACCCCACUCUUUUAAUCCUGGAGUCCUGCACUUCCAUGACCCAGUUGACGCAAAUCCAAGCCCACAUGACCGUAACUGGUCUCAUUACUCACACAUUCCCUGUCAGCCGUGUCUUAGCUUUUUGCGCUCUCGCUGAUACUGGUGAUUUGAAACAUGCCUAUUUGCUAUUUACCCAUCUGGAAAACCCUAAUACUUAUAUGUGGAAUACUAUGAUUAGAGGGUACUCCAAAGCUAAGAUGCCGGCUGUAGCGCUCUCCUUCUUUUGUCAAAUGGUUCGAGAGCGGAUUGAAAUGGAUACUAGAAGCUUUGUUUUUGGAUUGAAAGCAUGUGAGCGGUUUUCAAGAAUUUUAGAGGGGAAAUCGAUUCACUCUGCAAUUUGGAAGAUGGGUUUUGUAUCUGCCUUGCUGGUUCAAAAUGGAUUGAUACAUUUCUAUAGCGUCCAUGGGUAUUUGAUUUUAGCUCGUAAAGUGUUUGAUGAAGUUUAUUUGAGGGAUGUUGUUUCUUGGACCUCGAUGAUUGAUGGUUAUUCUGCGCAUAAUUGUUACAACGAAGCUUUCAAGCUUUUUGAUUCCAUGUUGUUGAGUGAUGUUGAGCCAAACGAAGUUACUGUGAUUUCGGUUCUUUCAUCUUGCUCUCGUAAAGGGGACGUGAGCGUUGGGAAGAGUAUCCAUGAAUAUGUAAAAAGGAAGAAUUUGAAUCACAGCUUGAAUUUGAUGAAUGCAAUUUUAGAUAUGUAUGUGAAAUGUAAUUGCUUGGCUGCAGCAAGAGAGACUUUUGACAACAUGAGAAUUAAAGACGUGUACUCCUGGACUAGCAUGGUUAACGGGUAUGCUAAAAACGGUGAACUAGAAUUGGCAAGGAAGUUGUUUAAUGAGAUGCCUGAGAGGAACGUGGUUUCCUGGAAUGCCAUGAUUGCGGGUUAUUCUCAAAAUAACCAACCAAAGGAAGCUCUAGCAUUGUUUCAUGAUAUGGUGGACGCGGGCUUGUUGCCGAUGGAGAAUACUUUAGUGUGUGUGCUUUCUGCUUGUGGUCAGCUGGGGUAUUUGGACUUUGGUCGGUGGAUUCAUUUCUACAGUGUUGAGCAAAAACACACAGAAAAUAGUGUGAUUUUAGCAAAUGCGUUGAUAGACAUGUAUGCUAAAUGUGGAGCAAUAGAUGCUGCCGCAGAUGUUUUUAACUACAUUCCGGAGAGAGAUUUGGUUUCUUGGAAUUCCAUGAUUUCUGCGUAUGCUAGUCAUGGGCAUGCCGAGCAAGCUCUUGUCGUCUUUGAGCAAAUGAUAGAAGGAGGACACAAGCCAGAUGACAUUACAUUAGUGGGCGUCUUGUCAGCUUGCAGUCAUGGGGGACUAGUCGCCGAAGGCCGAGCAUAUUUUCAGCAAAUGGAAAGAAAUUAUGGUAUCGAGCCCAAGCGAGAACACUACGCUUGUAUGAUUGAUUUGCUUGGUCGAGUUGGCCUACUAGAAGAUGCUUAUGAGUUAAUAACUAAGAUGCCAAUGCAACCGAGUGAAGCUGCAUGGGGUGCUCUUCUCAAUGCUUGUAGGAUGUAUGGGAAUGUUGAACUUGCUAAGCUCUCAACUAAAGAACUUUUAGACUUGGAUCCUGAUGAUAGUGGUAUUUAUGUGUUGCUUGCGACUACUUGCGCUAAUGAUAGAAGAUGGGGCGAUGUUAAGAUGAUCAGAAGCAUGAUGAGGGAGAGGGGGGUUAAGAAGAUUCCCGGCCAUAGCUUGAUAGAGGUAGAGAGCGAGUUUCAUGAAUUUUUGGCCAGUGACGAAUCCCACCCGCAAUCUGAAGACAUUUAUAAAGCAUUGGAUGGAAUAUAUUUGCAGUCCAAACAGGAGGAAAGUGUAACAAAGACAUCUGAAUUGAUAAAUCUGUUUACGUUUUAUGAUGAUUCCACAAGAUUAUGUAUGAACUAACAAUCAAAACGAUUUAAAACAUGAAUAGCUUGCUUUGUUACAGAAUAUUUCAUUAAAAUAAGGCGUAGAAUUCACAGCAAAA